AUGAGAUCCGCCAUCCUGGCCGCCAUGGGUCUGUGCAUGUUUAUCUACACAGUUGUGGCCUUUUCGGGUCUGCGCGUUGCCGAGCUUGAGGGGGUUGGAGCAAUCCCAGGAAACGUCUUGGACCUCUUCAGCUCCACGGACCCGCUUGGCUUAGCAAUGCGUGUGGCCAUCUCGGUGGCAGUGACCCUUGCUUUCCCUAUGCUCUGUUUGCCAUGCCGUUCCACCGUCGACCACUUGGUCUUUGGAGGCGGUGCAUUUGCUGCCUCAGAUGCUGGCGCUCGGCAUCGCGUAGAGGCACUCUUCGUGGUUAGUAUCACGCUCCUGCUCUCAACUACUGAGAGCGACCUCUCCAAGGUUUUCGGCUUCACCGGCGCCACGGCUGGUGCGAUCAUUUGCUAUGUACUACCUGUCUGCCUAUACCUGCGACUUCGUUGCCUGCGUCCAGCUGCUGAGCGCCGCAUGACACUGCCUAUUGCAGUGCUGAGCUGCUUUCUCCUGUUGGCAAUGAUCCCUGGAGUGGUUUUGAUGACGUGGCAGGUUGUUUGA